AUGGAGGUCGGAAAGAAACAUUUGAGGGGAGGACUUCUUCAUUUGUUUGAUUGGAAUGGCAAAUCUCGAAAGAAAUUGUUCCCAAACAAUGCUGAAACCUCACGAGAAUCAGAGAGAGGAAAACCAGUGGAGAAUCGACUGAAAUCGCAGCCUUAUACGAUGGAUGGGGAUGCCUACAAUGGCGCUUCAGGUACUACAUGCUGUCCUGAUUUUAGUUCUGCUUCUUCGGUGACUAGUGAUGAAGGAUGUGGAUCUAGAGCACCUGGACUUGUUGCUAGGCUCAUGGGGUUGCACUCGUUGCCUACACCGAACGUCUCGGAGCUAUCUUCUACUACAUAUUCGGCGUCUCGGAGCUGUCAACCUAUGGGCCACACUGGCACCUCAAACAAGCUUGAUAGGUCAUCUUCAAGUCCGAUUGAACCGAGGUUUUGUAAGAGUCCGGGGUUCAUCCCAACCAAGAACGCAGCUUAUAUUUUGGAGGCAGCUGCAAAGAUUAUCGAGGUUGGUCCUCGGAAAACAUCCGAUUGUAAACUGCUGCCGUUCGGGUCUUCUUCAGUUCCUUUGAAAAUCCGGGAUUUGAAAGGGAAAAUUGAAGCUGCACAUAAGGUAUCCAGACCUCAAAGACCUGACCAGCCUAGUCAGAGCGUAGCAAAGUCUUCGAAAGAACAACAUAAGGGCAAGAGUCACAUUAAAUCGGAUUCAGAAAAAGGUAGUUCUAACAGUUUGAGGAAUAAGGGGAAACCAGUCUCACUUGCAGAACAAUCAAGGGUUAAUGUUAGGAGGAAAGAGGAGUCGUUUUCAAGUGAUAACGAGAGUCCUGCAAAUCCAAAACAUUCUUCUAGGGGAUCAGCAGAUGCACGAAAUAAUGUGGAGAACGGAACUGCGAAUACGACUAACAAUGUCCUGAGGCAGAAUAAUCAGAAGCAGAACUGCUUAUCUAAUAGAGACAAAUGGACAUCAAAGACUUCGACUCUGGACCAGCAAGGUAGAAAGGCUAGGUCCGUAAAUGGUAGGGUCAGGUUGAGUAGGACUAUAAGCAAGGUGACAGUCAACUCCGAAUCUCAAUCCAGGAACAUGAGAUCCUCCGCAUCUGGUCCUUCAAAGGAACUUCUCAUGUCUAGACAAAAGAAUUCGUCUAGAAAGAAACAGCUUGUAAAUGAGGAUCUUCUGUCCGGAAAACCAGUUUCCAAAAUUUCAUCGAUGAAUGGCGGUGAAAGAAACCAGCUGCAACUUGGUAGUGAUCCUUCUGGUGAUAAUGAUCCACUGGUCUCGAAAAGCUCAGGAUUUUCUGUUUCGGACUCUAUAAUCGGCGGUGAUGAUCUGAGUGUUAUUGUUGGGAAAAAGCUUGAGGAAUUGACAUAUAGAGUUGAGUCAUCUAAUUGCAAUAUCAUUUUAGAGGAGACCUCAAGUAGUCCUGCAUCAAGUCAGAAAACUUCAGAGCUCCCACUGGGUACAUUGACCACUACUACAUCAACAGGACAUCAUGAAAGACUACAGCUUUCAGAAGAAAUUGAAGAUCGAAAUGCUAGUGAAAGCAGCAGCGAGACUGCCGAAGAAUUAGAUUUGCAACAUCCUAGCCCACUUUCAACUCUCAAACUUGCUGCCAUGAGCGAGUGUUCUGCUGAUAGCAGAGAUAGUGGUACCAGCGGCACAAUGCAUUUGGCUCCUGAUGAAGAAGUGUUAAGCUCGUCGCCUGUAAUCGAGUCUUCCCAGAUCGUGGGAGAAACGGAUGGAAAGCUUCCAACUACGACAUCAAAAUCAACAGAUUUGAAAGAGUCAGCCAAUUCCGAUCUUGAUUAUGUGAAAAUGGUGCUAAAAGACUCUGAGCUAAAGUUCAUAGAAUAUACAUUGGGUCAGACCGAUAAUAUCGUGACCCUGAAUGCUUUCGGUGAGCUCGAGCAUUGGAAUGGAACCGAAGGACACAGUGUAGAUCACAGCAAGCUCGAACUAAAACUUUUACUCGAUUGCGUGAGUGAAUCCCUGGAGUCACGGUACGACCAAGUUUUUGUCGGAAGCUGCAAAGGAUGGGCUAAGUGGGGAUAA